AUGUCUUUUCAGAUUUAUACAGGUGCUUGGACCGACUGGUCAAGAGGUAAGGUUCUGGGCGCAACCCUCACUCUGUCAUCGAGGGACGCCAGCCUUCUCCUCGCCUUUAUCGCAGCCUUCGUGACAGUCGUCGCAAUUAGGCUCUGGCUCAUCAUUGCUUUUACUACUCACCAGUUCUCUGCCUCUAAUGGAAAACAUGAUGGACUUUACUAUCAGCGGCAAGUCAUUCUCCGCAACAUCAAAUCCGCGCCAGCAGCUGCAUGGUUGUUUCUCCAACAAGCUUGGUACUGGCGCGGCAUCGCUACAUCUUCUUUCACUAGGACAAUUCCGCUGGCAUUGCUUUGCAUUCUUUACUCUAAUCUCAAUAUUGGGUACUCCACUUGGACAUUCUUCUAUCCUCAAAAUGGGGUCUGGCAGCCUAUAGAUGAGCUACUGGUGCCGGAUACAGACUUGACAUUGAUGCUCAUCGCACCUAAUUCAGUCACUCAUUUGAAAUCGAACAAUGAUCCGGUAUUUGCUGCCUCAAUCAGAACCAAUGCCCAAGGUGUGAUCGGUUACUUGCCCGACCGUUGGGUGAGCCCAGUCGCUUGCGUUGACCAACACCAAAUAUGUAAUCCCAACAACAACAAGUGCACCCCGCUACUAGAUCGACAGCGGCUUAUCGAAAGUGUGAUGGAGGAUUCGAUGGCAUUGAACGUCGCACAAAUUGUCACUGCACAAAGGCUUAGGCUUGUGCUGUGGGAAUCCAGUCCGUUCUACCAUACAAUCUGGACUCGCACACAAAGCUUUCUUCGUGCCCAGGAAAAGGUGGCCGGCAUCACGGGCCAACAUCUCCCAUCAAAUCAAUGGGAGAUCGAGAUGGGCGCUCUGUUUGACGACACUCUUGCAAAUCUACAGUAUCGUAUCAUGGAGUACGCAGCUGGCUCUUCAUCACCUGCGCCGAUCAAUAUCACAAAGCCGUGGAACAACUCCUCAGCGAACGUAGAAUGGGCUACCGCCUACAAAUAUAUGUGUUACAAUCAGAGAACAAAAGAGACUCAAGGAACUUUGAACUUUUCCAUUCUAGGUCUCGGCUUGCUAUUUGGUAUUGGGCUGUAUGUCAUAGUACUCUCGUUCAUUCUUGAAUUCCUAAUGGCCUGGAUCCAGACUUGGUUAGGACGAGGGAUACCGAGAGCUAGAGAUGGGAGAGAGACGGGAUCUGGAGAUUGGAAGGGAACUACUGAGGAGUUUCCACGUACUGUAUCAGGCGAACACUUUGAUCAUGAUGAGGAAGUCAUUUCGGCCACGACUGUUCAAAUACGCCAGACAGAUCCUUCAUGA